GCUCGAUGAUGGGAAAUAGGUUAUAAAUUACUGGCUGGAGUCUAAACAAGUAUCAAGGUAAUAAAAGGACCAACACAGAUAUGAAUGUAAUAAUAAAUAAUUGUAAACAAACAGUCGCAAAUUUAUUAUUAAGAGAUGCUAGUAAUCUUUCGAGAAGGUACGCUACUAUAGCCGAUUAUAAGAUCAACUGGCCGCGACCUAAACCAGUCUCGCCCUUUUCGCCUAAAAGAACCGGCGAUAAGGGAUUAAAAAUCGAGGUCAAGCCAACAGAUAUUGCCAAGGAUUACGCGGAAUCACCUGAAUUGAAAGAUGCCAGUGAUAUAGUUAAAAAAAUGUUCAGCCUACAAUUCCUACAUCCUAAAGAAACAAAAAUUAUGAAGCAGGCGAAGAUUGCGGAAUUAGUAAAGAGGCAUAAAACAGAUAAGUCAUCGCCAGAAGUUCGAAUUGCUGUUUUCACUAGCCAAAUACAUGAGUUGCAAGAGUUUUUAAAAAAACAUCCUAAGCACUCGAGAGCAAAAUGUCAUUUGAAAGUAGCAAUUGAUAAGCGAAGAAAAUGGUUGAAAGAUUUGCGAAACUGGGAUUAUAGACGUUUUGAGUGGGUUUUGGAGAAACUCAAUCUUGUUUAUAUGCCACUACCCGAGCCACCAUUGCAGAUUACUAGAAAAGAUUCUUUAAGACGUUUAACAGAAAAGCAUUGUGACAAACUUGUGCAAGAUAAAUUAAACAUUUACCAAAAAGAAUUGAAAGUUUUACAAAAGCAGUUUUAUAUAGAGAAGGCGGAGAAGCUCGCGUUUAUUAGGGAAGAAGAGUUAGCAUGUGGAUUAGAGCCAUCAGUGAGUGAAGAGGAUGUUGCAAAAGCUAAAGAAAAAGCAAAAGAAUAUCAAACAUAAAUAUUUUUAUUAUAUUAUAAUUUAAAAACGACAUACGAGAUAUUUAUGUUAUUGUAUACUUUUAAAUAUAUGUAUACCUUUAAAUCAUUUUAUAC